AUGGCGACGGCGGCCGGGCGGUGGCGGGCAGGCAUGGCGGAGCGGCGGGCACUGGAGACCCGCCUCGUCGAGAACCAGCCGUACGACGAGAGCUUGGACCUGCCGGAGGCCGAGGACGCGGGCGGCGCGGCGGAGAGGCCGGCCGGGGCCCGCUCGCCGCGGGCGGGGGGCGCGGGCCGUCCCAAGGGGUCCCGCCGGCCGGGGCUUCCUGGGGCGGGUGGCGGUGCGGCCGAUCGCAGCAGCGACGAGGAGGGCAGCGGUGGCAAGGAGGAGGCGGCAGCCCGCUCGGCCCCCCCGGCGGCCCUCAGCGAGGACGACGACGACGACGACGACUCGGAGGAGGAGGAUUCCUCUGAGACCGACUCGGAGGACGACUCAGAGGAGCACGGACCUGCGCUGGAGGGUGACUUUGAUCUAGCAGAUUAUGACUACCUGCCUGUAUCUUCUGAAAUCAAAGAACUCUUUGAGUACAUCAAGAGGUACACUCCCAAAACAAUAGAGAUAGAGCACAAACUGCAGCCUUUUAUUCCAGACUUUAUUCCUGCAGUUGGAGACAUUGACGCGUUCCUAAAGGUUCCCCGUCCUGACGGGAAGCCUGAUAACCUUGGCCUGCUGGUCCUGGACGAGCCGUCAACCAAGCAGUCAGAUCCCACUGUGCUCUCUCUUUGGCUGACAGAGAACUCCAAGCAGCACAACAUCACACAGCAGAUAAAAGUGAAGAGUUUGGAGAAUGCAGAGAAGAACCCCAAAGCUAUUGACAGCUGGAUUGAAAGUAUCAGCGAACUGCACCGCUGCAAACCUCCUGCCACGGUCCAUUACACCAGGCCAAUGCCCGACAUUGAGACCCUGAUGCAGGAAUGGUCACCAGAAUUUGAGGAGCUCUUGGGAAAGGUGGGCCUCCCCACUGCUGAGAUGGACUGUGACCUGGCCGAAUACAUCGACAUGAUAUGCGCCAUUCUGGACAUCCCCGUGUACAAGAGUCGGAUCCAGCCUCUGCACGUUCUCUUCUCCCUCUACUCGGAGUUCAAGAACUCACAGCAUUUCAAGCCGCUAGCUGAUGGGAAGAAGGGCAACAGCCCACCAUCCAACCCACCUUCACAAGCAGCAGACGUGGAAGUGUUAAGCUUUGCUUGAAGCUUCACGUUAAACCCUCAUCUCCUGGAUCGACGUCUGCCGCUGGACCUCGAGAUAUGACCAAAGCAGCCUGUGAAGCAGCGCACAGCAUUUCAGAAGCCUCCCUGGUUUUAUAGAUACUGCUGAGCUGUUCUGCCUUCAUAGAGUAGGACUUUACUCAUCGCAUUUAUUGCGGAAGUUGCCUAAUCACUCCAUUUUUGACUUGUCCCCAAGCAGUUCAGCAUUAAAACAGCUCUUCCCAAUGACAAAUGCUGCAGGGCAGAGGCUCCUCGAGCACACGCUACACUCUGUGCUCGGACACGACACUUGGAUCUGACCAAUGUGUUCCAAGGUCUGAUCCGGGGAUCUCGAAUCUCCUCUGCCCCGUAUUACCGAGCCCCUUUUUUGAUCCUCAAGCCCCUUAGCAACUGCCAAGGAGAAAAAAACAGCGUGGCACCAUACAGACGCUUGAGUUUAGUUUAUUGCUGUUGGGAGGACUCUCUCCAGCCCCCACCACACUGCCUGCUGACCCAUCUGUUGCAGCUCUGGCAGGGGUGGAGAGGAUCAGGCUAAAACAAGGCAGGUGCUUGACCUUACCCCAGGAGGAAUCGCAGCGCUAGCAGCUUAGCAGAGUCUGGCUAUAAACAGCUUUGAUGCCUUUUGGUUGUAAUAGCCUAUUUGUAAAGUGCACAGGCUACAGAAGAACAUGCCUUGGCUA